AGAUAUAUAUAAGAAGAGAGAGGAACACUGAAUACAGAGAGAGAGAGGUGCGAAUAUAAAUGAGCAGAGUCUCGUUUCAGUGUCUCACGCCGUUCACAUUCUCACUCUCCACUCUCUCUUUCUCGCAUAACUCACGCUCCUCCUUUCUUCGCUUCUCUCUGCGUGCUUCUUCUACUCGAGCGAUGGCUUCCCACAUUGUUGGUUAUCCCCGCAUGGGACCCAAGAGAGAGCUUAAGUUUGCCUUGGAAUCCUUUUGGGAUGGCAAGAGUAGUGCUGAGGACCUGAAGAAGGUUGCUGCAGACCUUAGGUCAGCCAUUUGGAAGCAGAUGGCUGAGGCUGGAAUCCAGUAUAUUCCUAGCAACACCUUCUCAUACUAUGAUCAAGUAUUGGACACAACAGCCAUGCUUGGGGCAGUUCCUCCUAGAUAUAGUUGGAACGGUGGGGAGAUUGGCUUUGAUAUAUACUUCUCCAUGGCAAGAGGAAAUGCAUCUGUACCAGCUAUGGAAAUGACCAAGUGGUUUGACACCAACUACCAUUUCAUUGUUCCUGAAUUGGGUCCAGAUGUUAAGUUCUCCUAUGCAUCACACAAGGCAGUGGAUGAAUACAAGGAAGCCAAAGCUUUGGGAGUUAAUACCGUUCCUGUGCUUGUGGGACCGGUAUCCUACUUGUUGCUGUCAAAACCAGCUAAGGGCGCUGAGAAGUCAUUUUCCCUUCUUUCCCUAAUCGACAAGAUCCUUCCUGUCUACAAGGAAGUUGUGGCUGAACUAAAGGCAGCUGGUGCUACUUGGAUCCAGUUUGAUGAACCUACCCUUGUCAAGGAUCUUAAUGCUCACCAGUUACAAGCAUUUACUUAUGCUUAUACUGAGCUAGAAUCACCUUUAUCUGGUUUGAAUGUUCUUAUUGAGACAUACUUUGCUGAUGUAACUGCCGAAGCAUACAAAACACUCACCUCUUUGAAGAGUGUUACUGCAUAUGGGUUUGACCUUGUUCGUGGAGCACAGACCCUUGAUUUGAUCAAGCAAGGAUUUCCAUCUGGAAAAUUUCUUUUUGCUGGUGUUGUUGAUGGAAGAAAUAUUUGGGCCAAUAAUCUUGCAUCUUCUUUGAACACCUUGCAAGCGCUUGGGGACAUUGUUGGGAAGGACAAAGUUGUGGUUUCCACAUCCUGUUCUCUACUCCACACUGCAGUUGAUCUGGUGAAUGAGACUAAGUUGGACCAAGAGAUUAAGUCUUGGCUUGCAUUUGCAGCACAAAAAGUAGUUGAAGUAAAUGCCUUGGCCAAGGCAUUUUCUGGACAAAAGGAUGAGGUUUUCUUAGCUGCGAAUGCUGCCGCCUUGGCCUCAAGGAAGUCCUCCCCAAGGGUGACAAAUGAGGCUGUCCAAAAGGCUGCUGCUGCUCUGAAGGGCUCUGAUCACCGUAGGGCCACUGAGGUCAGUGCCAGGUUGGAUGCUCAACAGAAGAAACUUAAUCUUCCCAUUCUUCCUACCACUACAAUUGGAUCUUUCCCUCAGACUGCAGAUCUUAGAAGGGUUCGCCGUGAAUUCAAGGCCAACAAGAUCUCUGAGGAAGAUUAUAUCCGUUUCAUCAAGGAGGAAAUUAACAAUGUUGUGAAGCUCCAGGAAGAAUUUGACAUUGAUGUCUUGGUGCAUGGAGAGCCUGAGAGAAAUGACAUGGUUGAGUACUUUGGAGAACAAUUAUCUGGCUUUGCUUUCACUGCCAAUGGGUGGGUGCAAUCAUAUGGAUCCCGCUGUGUCAAACCACCUAUCAUCUAUGGUGAUGUGAGCCGUCCUAAGCCGAUGACCGUCUUCUGGUCUUCAACAGCUCAAAGUCUGACCAAACGACCUAUGAAGGGAAUGCUUACUGGGCCUGUUACUAUUCUGAACUGGUCCUUUGUGAGAGAUGACCAGCCUCGAUUUGAAACCUGCUACCAGAUUGCUUUGGCUAUCAAGGAUGAGGUUGAGGAUCUUGAGAAAGCUGGUAUCUCUGUCAUCCAGAUUGAUGAGGCUGCUCUGAGAGAAGGUUUGCCUCUAAGGAAGUCAGAGGAGGCUUUCUAUCUAAACUGGGCAGUUCACUCAUUUAGGAUUACCAACUGUGGUGUGAAUGACACUACCCAGAUUCACACUCACAUGUGCUACUCAAAUUUCAAUGACAUUAUUCACUCAAUCAUAGAUAUGGAUGCUGAUGUGAUCACUAUUGAGAACUCGAGAUCAGAUGAGAAGCUACUGUCAGUCUUCCGCGAGGGAGUUAAGUAUGGUGCUGGCAUUGGUCCUGGGGUUUACGAUAUUCACUCACCUAGAAUCCCGCCCACAGAAGAAAUUGCUGACAGAAUCAACAAGAUGCUUGCAGUUCUUGAAAGCAACAUUCUUUGGGUAAACCCGGAUUGCGGCCUCAAGACGCGCAAAUACACCGAGGUUAAGGCUGCUCUCACCAACAUGGUUGCCGCUGCCAAACUUAUUCGCAACCAGCUUGCUAGUGCCAAGUGAGUUGUUAAUGGGCCAACAAAGUCAUAUGUAUGUGAAUAUGUGAUAGGAUGAGCUAGAGUUGGAUAACUAAACGCUUUAUGUCUCCAAUAAUGUCUUGUGACAAGAUUUUGUCCUUUCUUCUAGCACAUUACCUUUUGUGCAGUUGUGCUCUUUUUAUUGUAGGUAUAGGUAAUUAGGUACGUUUUCCAAUAUAUGAAUCUGCAUAUGAAUGUUGAAUAAGCUGUUCUAUUAUUAGUUUAUUAGGGUUUAAGUUUUGUUGGAGAAGGGGAUGAUGCUUUCUUUUCUUUUCA